AUGACUCAAACCUCCAUAACAACAGAACCAGUUCCUACAAAAUCAAGUGCUCGCAACCCGCAGCGCUUCUCAUUGGCCACUGCUCUGUGCUCGCUCGCGGCUCGAAGGGCUGAGAAAAUCUUCACUUGGUUGUGGUCUAGAACCCAUCGCAGAGUAACUCGUAGGGCAUUCUGUUGUAUCUUACCUGUUAUGAUUGAUUUGAUGAUUAGGUGGUUUAAUAUGACGACAAGUUUGGAAGAGCCAUCAAAGAAAACUUCACGUCCUCAAUUGGUUGUAUUGAACAAGGCAUUCAAAUUGGCUGAGCAAUGGGUUAACAGUAUGGGUGACUCUUCUGAUGAUGCUAAACCAACUGUGGUUGUUCUAGAGAGUCGACCGCCCAGGCUUGGAAUUGGUGCUGCAGUUCCACGUCAAUCACAAACAGUACUCUCAAAUGACCCGGCUGAAAGAAGGCUACGUGCUAAAUUGGAUGCUGAGAAAAGAAGAAAAUUGAAGAGCUCUGAAGCAUCAAUAAUAUCCGCCAAAGAUGGGAAAGUUGAUGAAGAAAGUGAUGAAGAUGAAUCGGAAAGCAAAACAAAAGCUUUUACCAAGAAGAGGCCUGCAGCUUUUCCCUUGACUCUGCAAGCAAAAAAGAAGAAGUGACUUCGCAUCAUCCAGCAAUGAAUACUUCGAGAUGUGCUGGAGUCAUACCAUUGUAUAAAAUUCUUCGCCGUCAUAUUCUUGUGGCCAUUUUGUAGGGUGCAGUUCGCUUUGUCAGUGGUGUUUAUUUCUCAACAAAAUGUUCCCCCCCAACCCCCAUCAUCUAGCCUGUGCCUUUGGUGACAAAUGUUUUUAGAAAACAUGUCAUUCUCUCAUUUUUGUUCUCAUUUUAUUGAAGUUAAUGGUAAAGGACAUCUAUCCUGUAACGAUGCUCAAACACAGUGAGGACACAACAUAUUUGGUACUUUGAAGUUUGUUCUGAUGAGCAUAUAACCAGGCAAUGAGUGAUAAUCAGUCUA